GAUGACAUCUUCUGUGCAAACAUCGCAAACUUUACAGUCUUCUUCGGAAACCAAAUUUAAGUCUUUUGUGAAAGACUUAAUUUUUGGUGGUACGGCUGGUGGUAUUUCCAAAACUGUUGUUGCACCACUUGAAAGGGUAAAGUUGUUGUUGCAGGUUCAAGCCUCUAACGUUCAAAUUCCUGAAGAGAAACAUUAUAAAGGCAUAUUAGAUUGCAUUCGAAGGGUUCCAAAAGAACAAGGCUUUUUAUCUUUUUGGAGAGGCAACAUGGCUAAUGUAUUGCGAUAUUUCCCUACACAAGGGUUAAAUUUCGCCUUCAAGGAUAAAUAUCGUGGACUCUUUCUGGAAGGUGUGAACAAAGAUACUCAAUUCUGGCGUUAUUUCGCAGGAAGUUUAGCAGCAGGUGGAGCUGCAGGUGCAACAUCUCUCUUUGUCGUAUAUCCGAUGGACUUUGCAAGGACACGUAUGGGAGUUGAUGUUGGAAGAGGUGAAACCCGUUUAUAUAAUGGAAUUAUAGAUUGCAUCGCAAAAACAGCAAAAACUGACGGAGUUUUCGGUUUAUAUAGAGGGUUUAAUGUCUCCUUGAUAGGAAUCAUUGUUUAUCGAGCCGCGUAUUUUGGAGGUUUUGAUACUGCCAAGUCAUUUUUGCUAACCGGAAAACUGGAACAUAAUAUAUUUCUUUCUUGGGUUAUUGCUCAAACUGUAACUACAGCUGCCGAAGUUGUAUCGUAUCCUUUUGAUACUGUUCGCCGUCAUAUGAUGAUGCAAGCAGGACUUCCUAUUGAGCAAAGAAGAUUUCGUAGUUCUUGGGAUUGUACCAAAAAGAUUUUUGUAGAAGAAGGUUGGAGGUCAUUCUUUAAAGGAAACUGGUCAAAUAUUCUUCGUGGAGCAGGAGGAGCUUUGGUUUUGGUCAUUUAUGAUGAGUUUAAGCGUUAUUUGUGAAGAUGCUCUUUGGCUUUUCUAUUGUAUGAUAUAUAUAUAUAUAUAUAUAUAUGCAGCAACUGGUAGCCUUGCAUGUUUUAUGAGUUAUUGUUGUUUUAGUUGCUGGUAGAUAUUUGUUAGGAAUAAGACUUCUAGGAUAGAAACAUGUUGUGCUGGUGAACAACCAUUUCAUGAACAUAGAGUGCCUCAGUUUCGGUGCUAGUUGUCUUUAGUUGUUGUCUUCUCUUUCCAUUAUGAACUGUCAUUACUAACUUAAUGGCUGUUCAAUAAAUAUGCUUUGUUGAUA